GUUUGUGCAACAUUGGUAAUUACGGCAUGUGAUCUAUUGAUUGAAGAUCAUAAAUAGGAACCACGGUCGAACUACGCGAUAAUACCAAUAUAGUGUCAUUUUGACAAUCUUAAAAACAGAUUGCCGUAAACAAGAGUUACGUGAAGGUAUUUUUAAAAAAAUCCUAACGAUCAUAUUGAAAACAGGUGUUACGAACUUUUGAUUACGGUCAAAUUGUGAUUGUUUGGGAAAAGAAGAAAUGAAUGAUUCAAAGAGGUUUCGGAUAGAGACCCAUGAUGAUGCCACGUGGAUCCUUACCUGCGCUUUCAUUAUUUUCACCAUGCAAUCAGGGUUCGGGUUGCUGGAGAGUGGCUCUGUGUCCAUUAAGAACGAGGUAAACAUUAUGAUGAAGAACACGGUGGAUGUGAUGUUUGGCGGGCUGACGUUCUGGAUGUUUGGUUACGGAUUGGGAUUUGGGGAUGAUCCGUGGGCCAACCCAUUCUGUGGAUGGGGAGACUUCUUUGUUCACGCUAAUUCCUCUGAGCUAGGAUGGAUCUACUCUAAAUUCUUUUUUCAAUCGUCUUUCGCAACAACAGCGACAACCAUAGUCUCAGGAUCAAUGGCAGAGAGAACACGUUUGGACUCCUACAUCGUUUUUUCCAUGCUUAACACUUUCAUCUUCUGUAUCCCUGCCCAUUGGAUAUGGGCGCCCGGAGGUUGGCUGUAUGAAAUGGGUGUGAUAGACAUUGCAGGAGCUGGACCAGUUCACCUUGUGGGCGGUGUCACCGGUCUGGUGGCAACUUUGAUGUUAAAACCGAGGCACGGACGAUUCUCUACAGACAAGAGAGAACAGCCUCCUAUGGGAUCCCCGACGAAUGCCAUUCUUGGAAUGUUCAUGUUAUGGUGGGGUUGGCUGGGAUUCAACUGUGGAAGCACCUUUGGCAUUUCUGGUCUGAAAUGGAAACUUGCAGCAAGAUCUGCCGUGACAACGACACUGGCGUCCAUUUCAGGAGGUAUUGUUGGAAUCAUGACCAGUUAUAUUUUUAAGAAUAGAAGAUUUGACGUGGUCUACACCAUUAAUGGAAUACUGGGAUCAUUAGUAGGGAUAACGGCUAGUUGUGCCCUUGCUAAGCCUUGGGAAGCAAUGGUAAUUGGGGUUUUCGCAAGCAUGAUUACUAAUGGAGUCUGUGCACUCCUAGGAAGGUUGAAAAUAGAUGAUCCAGUCGGCUGUGUAGGGACUCACGCUGCUGGAGGGAUGUUCAGUCUCCUAGCUUCCGGUUUUCUGACAGAGAAAGACGAACUUGCCAAUGCCAUGCAGCUGGAACGAAUUCGAACAGGGCUGGUUUAUACGGGUAAUUUCCAUCAGCUCGGAAUACAAGCUCUGGCUGUGAUUUCUAUAUGCGUAUGGACGAUAAUCAUGUCUUACGUGUUCUUGAAACUGAUCAACAUUACCAUAGGUCUUAGAGUAUCACUCGAAGAGGAAUUAAUAGGAGCCGAUAUCGUAGAACACGCAGUAGGAGGCAUACGUUAUAACAGAAAGACCCGUAUGGUCGAAUCAGAUUCAACCAAUGACGAGGAGCCAGACAUAAUACGGCAUCAUGACCAACCAACCAUCGUUAUGCAACGGAGACAGUCUCACACUUAUGGCAGACGAAUAUCAUGUCAAAGCGGAAUGUGCAACGAUGAUAGUAUACAUAUACAUGUACCAGAGCUACCAGUGGUGAAGGAAGAAGAAUCGAAAAAGACCGCAUUCCGGAAUUUAUUCAAAAAUAUUCCAAUAAGACGUAGAAAAAGGAAGAAGCAUGUUUUAUUCAGCCCUGGUGAUCACAACAAAUCAAACUUUACUAAAAGACAAGAAAACAAUAUAAGUGUAGUUCAGCACACGUCACUUUUCCCUGUCCUCCCAUUCUGUAAAGCAGUUGAAGAAACGGAAAGCGAAAAAACUACAACUUACGUUUAAAACAUGAACAAUGUAUGAUAUUCAUUGUCAUGUCUGUUGAAAACAAUGCAUACAAUUUGUGAUAUUUGUGAUAAAAUGAUUGAGUUAUUGUGAACAAAGUUAAUGAUUUUUAAAACGGUGAUGAAAUUCUAAAUCUGAUCAAUAUCUCUUGAGAUGAAAAAGUGAAGAUAACGAAAAGUUAUCAAUCUCAUAAAUACUAAAACGAAUACAAAAUUGAGAGUAGAGGGCUCCCGGAAACACCACAGACAGAAUCAGGUGUCUAGAAGAAAUAAACAUCCCCAGAGUAAUCCGUAGUCAAAAUCAGUAUGUAAAGAACAACCUAACAAUUGCUAUGAAACACGUCAUACAGCAUCCGAUUUAAUGACAGGUUUCAUUUUUAAAUCAGAUCGUUAAAACGACCAUAAAUUUUGCAAGAUGCUUACUUUAAACGAAACUGUUGACCCCCCCCCCCCCUCCCAUAGCAUCAACUUAUUUAUCAGUAGGCUGCUUAGGUUUGAUAUCGAACAUACGUGGAACAAGCUCUUCCGUAUCAAGUCAGUUGAGAGACAGAAAAACCAUAUGCAGGUGAUAAUAGAAUAUUGCUACAUAAAUAUGGGAAGUUGACUAUGAGAAAGUUGAAGCAAUCCCGUUUGUCA